UGUUGUAAACAGUUUGAUGUAUUUACUUUUUGACAGCCAAAUAAAGAGAAUAUUAGUUUUGUUCAUUUAAUAUUGAAAUGGGUCGUAGGAAGUCAAAAAGGAAACCUCCAGCGAAAAGAAAAGCCAUUGAACCUUUGGAUAUACUUUUUAAUUGCCCAUUCUGUAACCACGAAAAAUCCUGUGAUGUGAAAAUGGAUAAAGGGCGAAGUACGGCGAGAAUAACAUGUAGAGUAUGUUUGGAAGAUUUCCAGACAACUAUAAAUUUCUUAUCAGAACCUGUUGAUGUGUAUAAUGAUUGGAUAGAUGCUUGUGAAAAUGCAAAUUAAAUUUUGUAUUGACACUCGAUAAUCUGAAUUAAAAUAUAAUGCAUGCAAUGAUGGAAAUAUCAACAUUAAUUCUUGCUAAAAAAAAUAACAUUGUAUAAUAAUUCUUUGAAAAGUUUAAAACAAUGUAUAGGAAAUUAAAUAUUAAGAUGUUUGUUUCAUUUUAUAAACACUUUAUUAUUUAAAAUUAGGUU